AAUUUUAUGAGAGAAUUAAGUCUGGUCUGGCUUAAGCUAGCAAGUCCCCAUUUGAUUAGUCAAGCCUUCUACAAAAAGUUGCAGUACAUGAUGAAGCAAUUGUGGAGUUUAGUUAUAGGUAUCACUUUUGUUGGAUCUAUUUGCUUAGAUAUACAGUAUCGCCCAAUCCAAGCCUAAUCAGUAUUAUGCCUCUGCAGUCUGUGUUCCCUUAAUAAUACCUCUGGACGUCCAAGAAGAAGGAGGCUUAAGUAAGCUUGGAGGUGAUUUAUUUCCAAAAGACUUGACAACUGCUUCAUGCAUGUAGUAAAUAUUGUGAAUUAUCAACCUAAUUUGUUCUGCCAACUUUGCUCUAGGAGCCCAAGGAAUUUCGAAUUAGGAAGCAUAAUGCCUCAGUUCAAGCUCCAGCUUUAUUUAGUGAGGGUCAGCCUUAAUUGAUGCCAUUAUGGCUUUGAAGUUUCUGAGUUUGCUCUUUCUUUCAGCAGUAGAUGGUGAGGAGGCCUAACAUGUGCACACUUAUAUCAGCUCCAUUAUAUUAAUAAGUCUCUAAUUAGAGAAUUGUGAGUCCAUUGUUGGGUGAUUGGCAUGCUCAAAUUCAUCAAAGUUAAUAUUCCUCUUUCCUGAUUUAUCAAGAGAAUCGGAGUUUAAAAUGAGUAAACAGAAGUCAUUUCUAAAAUAAAGCUAUACUUCGAACCCUCUUAGAGAAUAUUUUUAUUGCUCCUGAGUAGAUCUGAGCUUAACAGCUCUUAGUUAUUGAUGCUUACUUAUCUGAUCAACUGUUUAAAACCUCACCUUCGUUCGGAAUCGGAGGAUUAGGAAGAACUGCCUUAACCCCAUAGGCCAUACCAAAAGAGACAUAUGGUGACUAACUAAAUCUUAUAACUCCACAUCCAUAUGGAAGUAUUGGGAUCUCCAGCAUAAUCUGGAGCCUUCUCGAGCUUAUCUUUUGCUUAUCAGCUGCGAUUCAGAAAAAUUAGGAUGGGUUCAAAUAUGGCUGAUUAAUUAGCAAAUUUCGGUAUUUUAUAACCUAACCGUUAUGAUACAGCUAUGGUUAAUAUCUCCAACCCCAGUUGAGGUCCACUCAAAGUAAGACUUGUAUGACAGAAAGGCCUCAGGGAUGGACUCCAUCUAAUUUUCUAAAUGGCUACUGCUGAUAUUUUUAAAAGACUUAUUUUUGAAAGACUAUUUUUUAAGAUUUACAGCAGCAUCAGGCCAGAACUUUGAAGAUUUUAGAGUCUCCAAAAGUAACCUAAAAGUUUAUCAAAACACUACGAGCAAAUUCUUUUUCGGCUGAAAUUAUUUCCGGCACUCUGGCUAAAGGGAGGGUGUCUCCACAAUUAACCAUCUGAAUGCAUCAAGCCUCGCUUAAAUACUUGUUAAUAAUAAUGAUAUAGCAUUUUGGUGAAUAACCCCAGCUUUUAUUUCAGACUUCAAAAUAACUCAUUGCAAGCGCCAGUUGGAUGUAGCCCUAGUCCUGCUUUCUGAGCCCAGACGGGUUGAUAUGUUUCCUCAAAUUUAGUAAUAGGGACUCGGAGUAUUCAUCUCCCCCAGAAUGUUGAACAUGGGCAGCAUUAAAUGGCAGGAAUCUGCUAUAAAGCUUAUUGGAGAGGCUUAUCAAAGUGUAGUUUGGCUCUGUUAAUUUUUUAAAGCUAAUAGUUUACU